ACCAAUCAUCGGUGCCCAGCGGUUUGAACAAGAAGCGGGUCUGGCGAACUCAGAUUCAUACUGGAAAACAAUGGAGACACAAAAAAUAAUAUUAUAUAACGGUAUCAAUCACGGAGACGGGCUGAAACGCUUAUUUAGUUAGAUGGUGGUGUUACGAUGAGUUUAAUCGAUCUCUGUUAAUGAGUUAUAAAGGCGCUGACAUAGUUUUGUUAGCGCAAUUGACAGUUAACUUUAGCCUAGCUAUAGCAUUGGUCUCCUCUGGGUUAACACCGCUUAAUGCUUUUGAACGCUUUGAACCCCAGUUAGUUACAUUAACACGGUUAUAGCUGUAACUUUAAACAUGAACCCAGCAAAGCCGUUAAUUCUGAAGACGUACGGUAAACACAGGCGUGAACUGACCGCCUGGGUUUCACUGGAAAACCGCAAGCAGGCGUUCGACAGCACGUCCUCAGCGACGGACGGCGAUGUCUCCUGUGUUUGAACCCGCUAAACCUGCGAGGAUCAGAGAGAGGAGAGCUAGUGUUGCCAGUCGUAGGGCGGCGCGUCCUGCCAAGAAAAAGGCCAUGAAGUGUCUGACGGAGAAAAGCCUUAAUGAGGAGAAUAUCAGCAAUGAGGAGAACAUCUUCAUCCCCUCUCCUUCUCUUCCUCCUCCUCAGCUUGCUCAGCAGAGCAAGACAGCAAGAGGGAGGAAGGUUAGCGUUUGUGGUGGUAAAGCAGUCCGUCCUGCCAAGAGGAAAGCUGCGUCAUGUCUGCCAGUAAACAGCAGCGAUGAGGAGAACAUCAGCAGGCCCUCUCCUCCGUGCCGUCAGCCCGCUCAGCAGAGCAAGACAACCAGGAGAAGCUGGCUCGAGGCUGCUCCAGGAGUUUUGAUGAGGCAGAGAGGCCGGCAGACUCCAAUGACCAGCGAGAGUGAGGAGGACUCAGUGUGUGCUCCGAAAUGUCACAAGAAGUCAGUGCAAAUGAAGAGAGAUUCUUGUGUUCAUCCUCCUUCUGUGGGCCGCUUUGUAACCCGCCGCAGACGUGGGGCUGCCAUCAAACCCAAACUCCCUAAAGCAAUCAUCAGUAUACUCAACUCCUCAGACGACUUUACUUCUCCAGCCGUUUGUUCCAGUAAUAUUUUUCAGCCUUCUAAGAGGAGGAGGAGGAGGGUCCCUCCAGCAGUUUUGCUGUCGAGUGCAGAGAACUCAGUGAAUGCCGGAGGGACUUCCAGCUUCGCCACCAACAUCAUCCGAGAGAUUUCCCUCAAUGAGUCGGCAGAUCACAGCCUCGGACCCUGCACCAGGAAACCCAUCUUUUGCUCUACGCCCUCAGCAGCUUCCUUGAGUAAACGUCCACAUCUUAAGCCCUUUCCCAUCAGCGAUAAGUCCUCCACCUCUCUGUCCAUGUUGGUAAGCUGUAUAGGCCCCCAGAGCACAUUUCAAGAAGAUCUGGCCUCACCAGGGCAGCCGGUCUCCCCGCCACAUUCUGCACUCCACUCUGAGGAGAGGCUGCAGUCAAGCCUUGGUGGGCAAGAACCAGACCUGCAUCACCAAGAAGAACCCUCCAGUGAUUUAUUUAUGGACAAGAGAAGCAGCUGUAGUGAGGACGCCAAAGGCCAGAGCGAAAACUCAGCGACCAAGAAUGGUGGGGAAUUACAGAGUCUAAAUCUGCUCUCUACGGACAGUGAAAGUAGCAGUGACUUUGUGUCAGCAGCAGGAGGGUUAGAGUGGCUGAUAGAGGCUCUGAAGGAGAAAUGUUUGACCGAGCUCUGCACAGUGCAGCUGGAGAGAUUAGACAACCUCACUGUGACUCAGCUCUGCAGUCAAACAACCUAUUCAUCCUGUUUGGGACUUUCAAGCUCGGUUCACAGCCAGCAAACAAAUGAACAUCCACUGUGUGUGGACAGCGGUCAAACUACUGACUUUUUGCAGUCUUCAGAAGCAUCGUUUAAUCUUCAUUUAUCUGUGACAAAUAAGAGAGAUUGUUUGCAGUCAGUAAAUAGUCUUGACUCUCCUGAGCAGGCAGCCUCAGAUGACUGUAAGCAGUCAGCUGAAUACUCAUCAGCAUCAGUAUUUAAUGAUGAAUCUAUCCACCUCACAGAGAGCAGCGUGGAGUUUAUUAUGGGCACACAAUUACCAGCCAACAGCCCCGUACAAACACUGUUUACUGAGGAGGAGGCUGCAGCAGGAAAGGGCAAAUGUCUUGCUAAGAAAUGCAGCAUUCAGGUCAAACGUUUGGCCUUGUCACAAUUGACUGUUCAGCAACUCAAAGUGUUCACGCAGCAGAAAGAGGCUCGUUUAACUCAUGGUGAUAGGUCUGUUAAUCCAGAUGCAAACAAGUCUGAAAAUGACCACACAUGUAAGGCCGAUGACCCAGAAGAUCUCACAAGUUCAGGAAAAACCACAGAGGGAAUGACAGGGUUUGUUCGACGGUCAGUAAACAGUGGAUGUUCAGUAGCCCAGACACAGUCCAGUGAUCCAGAAAUGGAGGAAAAGGCAGCGGUGCUCACAACGAUGCUGAAGGAAAAAUGUCAGUCUGACAAACUCACUGUUAGGAUAAAGAGAGCAACUUUAUCACAGUUGGAAGAAAUUCUGCAGCUCAAAGACAAAAAGCUUAAAUCACCCACAGUUGUGUCAGACUCAGCCAGCGACGACCAGAUAAAGAAAGACCACCAAUCUGAGAGUGAUGUUAAUCUCUGUGAUGAAGACGCGUCUAUGAAAGUUAAUCAGAAAAAGAGGCGCUCAACUAGUUCUGAAGACAAAACUGCCUCAGACAAAGAAAGAGCUGGAAAGAGCUCCUGUGACAUCCAGCCCAAAAGAAAAAAGAUGUCUCUGGCUCCUAAAGAAAAGAAAAGGAGGAGCAUGUCUACGGACCGACCUGGGACAACCAGGAAGGCAUGUGUGAGCGGCAUGAGUGUGAGUCGCUGGAAAAACAAAGGCGGCGCCGCUGGCACAUGCCUGCGGACAGCCAGUGUCAAGGCUGUGGACUGCAGCAUCAGUGAGCUGUUCUCCACACACCACAAACAGCCGAGGGAGCUCGGAGCCACCAUGAAUUUCUCCACCCCAGUGAGAGGGAGUCGGCUCAACCUCUCGUCUCUGUUGGCCGACUUAACGCCAAACACGCACACCUGGAGCCGACUCAAGGCCGCCCUCUCUGUUCAUCGCAAAGGCAUGGUGCUACUCACUCCGAGGAGUUUACACCUGUCGGGCUCACCUGGACGGACGGCUGGGGCAGCAGACAUCAGCCAGGAUCUCUUUGCCACACCCUUGCGGACACCACUCCCCAAACACCUCCAGUCACAGCUGUACCAUGAUUCUCUGGUUGUGUGUGAGGAUUCAGAUCUGUCGGAUGCAGAGAAGGUGUACGCUGAGUGUGGUCAGCAGCGUCCUCUGCCCUGGGAGGAGUGCAUCCUCCCUCACCGCAUGAAACGGUGUGUUAAGAUCGGGGAGGGGACGUUUGGUGAGGUCUUCUCCACCACCAACGCCUCAGGAGACACUGUUGCUCUCAAAAUAAUUCCAGUAGAGGGCAGUGAGAAGGUGAACGGAGAGAACCAGAAAACCUUUGGGGAAAUCCUACAUGAGAUUAUUAUCUCAAAGGAGCUGAGCAGUCUAAAAGAGAAGGAACAAAACCAGACUCACAGCUUUAUCGGACUCAAUGAUCUCCACUGCGUUCGAGGCUGCUACCCUACAGAUUUCCUGAACGCCUGGGACACAUUUGACCAAAAGAAAGGCUCUGAGAAUGACAGACCAGAUUUCUUUGAAAAGGAUCAGUUGUUCAUAAUCCUGGAGUUUGAGUUUGGAGGUAUUGAUCUAGAGAACAGCAAUGGAACGCUGGCGUCUUUGGGGGUGGCAAAGAGUAUCCUUCAUCAAGUUACUGCUGCCUUGGCUGUUGCUGAGAGGAGCUUUAAUUUUGAACACAGGGAUCUCCACUGGGGCAAUGUGCUGGUCAAAACAACCAAACAGAAGAAGGGGAGCUUCCUCCUGAACGGAACGACCCACUCUCUGGAAACCAGGGGGGUGCUGGUCCGCAUCAUUGACUACUCUCUCUCCAGACUAGAAAUCGAUGAUCUGACGGUGUCUUGUGACAUCUCCAACGAUGAGGAGCUUUUCAUGGGCCAGGGAGAUUACCAGUUUGAUAUCUACAGACUGAUGAGACAGGAGAAUGGAAACAACUGGAGUGACUUCCACCCUCAUACCAAUGUGCUGUGGCUCCACUACCUGUGCUCCAAGCUGCUUUCCAUGAAGUACCGGGGCUCAGGAGGGAAGAGCGCCAAGGACAUGCGAGAAGAGCUCACUCGUUUCUAUGACAACGUCCUCCAGUACAGCUCUGCCACUGAGGCGCUGCAGAACUGCCCCAUGUUUCAGUAGUUGUGUGAACAGAUGAACACAUGAAGUGUGAGGAAGCUCAAGUUGGCCUCCUAUAGUCACCAGUCUGACCCUUAACGACCUCUGAUAUGUAAAGGCAGUUAUUGACUGACUUGUAACACAAUGAGAGAUGGAGGUCACCUAAUGUACAGAGCUGUCAUUUGACAAAUGAUAUUAAAAUAACCAUGUGAAAAUGAUGUACCCAUGUGUUAUUAAUGGAACUUAUCUUGUACAGGCUGAAUACAUUUUUAACUCUUUCUUUUAAUUUAGAAAAAAAUAUUUUUAAUAAAUUUUCAUCAGAUUUUUAUACCAUCUUUAAGUGGUACUGUGCUCACAUUUUUUGCAGUCUGUGUUAGUGCUUAUAUGACUAAUCCUUUCUGAAUUAAUCACCAACUAUUUUGAUGGAUGAUUAAUUUGCCCGUCAAGGAAUAAUGCCAGAUAUUUUCUGGUUUUAGCUUCUCAGAUGUGAGGAUUUAAUCUCUUUUAUAUGGGAUCUUUGUAAACUGAAUAUUGAUAUGGUCUCUGGUGUUGGUUUAACCAGCACCAUGAGAAAUGUUAAUGGACAUUAUCUUUUUCUGACAUUUAAUAGACUAUAUGAUUAAUUAAAAAAAUAGAUCAAGACACCAGCCACAAUAUGUACACAUGCCAUAUAAUCUGUAGAAUCUCAAAAAUCAUGUUACAAUAUCAUGUAACUAGCUUUGUAUAUAGUUUGAUCUCUGUGCCACAGUUUUAUCUUUUCAAAAUAUGGGUGAUGAAAAUUAAUGAACUACGGGUGGAAUAAGGGUCAUGAAUGUGCUGGGUUUUUUUUGCAAUAAAACCUAAAACAUGA